GCGUUUCAGAUCUAUGCGGAGGGCACUUCUGAAAAUGAAGAGUCACGAAGGCGAAGAAGGAAUCCUUCUUAUGAUACUGAAUUCAGUUUUCUAAGACUUUCUCCCCCUACCAAUUCUGUUGAACACCACGCAGCCCUAGAAGGACCUGUCUACCCACUAAUGCCACCUGCUCAACAAAAAUUCAAUCCAAAUGCUGUUCAUGCGGAGGGAUCUACUGGAAAUCAAAAGCCACGCCAGAAAAGACGGAAAUCUUUUUUGGAUCCUUCAUCUUCUUCAGUUCAAAAUGUACAGCAGGAGAUUCAUAUUGAAGAAAAUGCCGACAUUGUCAUACGAUUGUUGGAUUAUAAUUCUGGCGUUGGCUCUAUCAAAUCUAGUGGAUUGCAAAAAGAUCAGCUUCCCCAUUGGCUUUUCACUAAAGUGACGAGUAAUUUCUACGAGGUUUAUAUACUAGAUCCAAAUAAAGAUUCUUGGACUGGAAAAGCCGUAUAUUUUAAACACGAUCCCAAAACCAAUACUGCAUUUGGUAACAAUGGCACAGUACCUAAGCCACUAGAUGUUUUUUUAAUCGCACCAAAUGAGUCUAAAUUAUAUUCAAAAUUAGUCCCUUUCCAAGUUCUUGAAGGGAGACGUCUAUUCUUACCAGCGGAAAAUAACAGACACCACAUUUUUAUAAAAAAUACAAACGGCCAAGUAUACAAAGGAAAGUUGAGGAUUCCAGAUCGUGAAAUACUCAGUUUUAAUUGGGCGCUACGUUACAGACAGUUGGCUCAGAUACAUAAUCCGCAGUUGUCAUGACUAGAUAAAAUGUAGUUGAGAAAAAAAGAGCUGUGAGCACAAGAAAAUCUGAUUGUUUUAAAUAAAAUCUUCGCUUC